AUGGCACGGCGAUCGUACGUCGCACUGCUUUUUACUAUUGUGAUUGUUCCACUUGCAAUAUGGCUAAGACCAGGUCGUCAAUCAUCAUUGUGCCGCUGCUACCCAGGUGAACCAUGUUGGCCUUCUGCGGGGGAGUGGGAGGCUCUCAACGUCUCCAUCUCGGGCAAUCUCCUUCCUAUUGACCCCAUUGGUAGCGUAUGCCACAUCGACUCCGCUUCUUACAACAGCGAGCAAUGCGCAACUCUAAUUGCCCGCUGGUCCGUCCCUGAAACGCAUUAUAGCACUCCAUCAUCUCCGAUGGCCGCCUGGUGGGGCAAUCACUCUUGUUCGCCAUUCUCUCCAGCCGACAGCCCUUGCACCAACGGGCCUUUGGCGCAGUACGCAGCGAAUGUCACAUCAGCAGCCGACGUGAAAGAAGUCCUGAAGUUCACAAAAAGUCAUAAUAUUCGCUUGGUCAUUCGUAACACAGGUCAUGACUACCUUGGAAGAUCAACUGGAGCCGGUGGGGUGAAUUUGUGGACGCACAAUCUCAAAUUCAUCGAGACGAUCCCAAGCUAUGUUUCUGAAGGCUACAAUGGCCCUGCUAUGCGCAUUGGGGCUGGAGUUCAAGGGUUUGAAGCUCAAAAUGCGGCUCAUGAAUCCGGCUACGUGAUCGUGACUGGAUUUUGCCCGGAUGUUGGAAUCGCGGGGGGCUACACCCAGGGUGGAGGCCAUGGCUCACUGGCUUCGCGAUAUGGCCUCGCUGCCGAUCAAGUCCUGGAGUGGGAAGUAGUUACCGCUGGAGGAGAGCAACUAACUGCCUCACCUACUCAGAAUGCCGAUCUCUACUGGGCGCUCAGUGGAGGUGGCGGCGGGACGUAUGCUGUCGUCCUGAGUAUGACUGUCCGAGUAUAUCCAGAAGAGAAAACCUCCGUUGCGUCGCUGUCUUUCACUUCCGGCGCUGGAACAGACGCGACAGAUGUGGAACACUUCUGGUCCGUAAUAAAGACAUUUAUCGUGGACACACAGUCCCUUCUGGAUGAUGGUGGCGCGCAUCUCUGGUUUGUUCUCCCCACUUCGUUGACUGGCGGUCCAUUGAUGUUCAUGGCUGGGCCAAUCACUUUACCUGGAGGUGGCUCAGAGGAGCUCCAAUUCCAUCUGGAAUCUACAUUGUUGAAGCUACAGGAGCAUGAGAUGCCGUAUCAAUAUACCAUCAACGAUUUCCCAAGCUAUCAUGCUGCGGUUGCAACCCAACCAGUGAAUAUCUCCGACGUUCACGUCGGGGGCCGUUUAAUCUCCCGAGCAUCGAUUCAGUCUCAGCCAGAUCACUUCAUCUCGGCAGCUAAGGGUAUUGUUGAGCUUGACACUGCCUUUUCUGGCUAUCACAUGAACGUUUCCCGACCCAGAAAUGCAAAAGAUCAAGGAUUUUACUCUAAUGCAGCCAACCCCGCUUGGCAGACAACUGCAUCUUCUGUUGUGAUUGGAAUUCCAUUCAGCCACACAGACCGCCAGCUGAAUAUUGACGGACAAAAGCUCAUGACAGAUGUACUGAUGCCAAAAAUUGAUGCACUGGUACUUCCUGGCGAGGUGGCGGGCAUCUACGGCAACGAAGCCGACUUCAACACCCCAGAUUGGCAAACAACCUUCUAUGGUGAACACUAUGACCGACUCCGGGCUAUCAAGGAUAAAUAUGACCCCGAUCAGAUCUUCUAUGGUCGCACUGGGGUAGGAAGUGAUCGAUGGGUGGAACAUGCUGAUGGGCGGCUGUGUCGGCUUUGA